AACGUAGGAGCCCACUGACCUGGCUUCCCAGUCAACAUGAAGGCUCUCCUCCUUCUGGGGCUUCUCAUCCUUUCUGUGACUGUCCAGGGCAAGGUCUUUAAAAGAUGUCAAUUGGCCAGAACUUUAAAGCGUCUUGGAAUGGACGGCUACCAUGGGAUCAGCCUGGCAAACUGGACGUGUUUGGUCAGAUGGGAGAGUAAAUAUAAUACAAAAGCUACAAAGUACAAUCCUGGAAACAAAGGCACUAAUUAUGGAAUAUUCCAGAUCAAUAGUCGAUCCUGGUGUGACGAUGGCAAAACUCCAGGAGCAGUGAAUGGCUGUGGCAUAUCCUGCAACGUUUUGUUGCAAAAUGACAUCACUAAAGCGGUGGCUUGUGCAAAGAAGGUGGUCAACAAUCCAAAAGGCAUCAAAGAAUGGGAGGCAUGGAAAAACCAUUGUCAAAAGCAAGAUGUUUCUCAGUAUCUUAGGGGCUGUCAAGUGUAACAGCAGGAUUUUAACUUUGCAGCUCAUUUUGCUUCUUUUACAAAUGAAGGGAGAAGUAGUUAAGUGAAAGAUCACACUCACAUUGUUUCACCUACAAAUAACAUUCACAGAACCUGAACAAGUUACUUUUUCUUCAAAGCCUUAGGUUCACCAAUGUGUUCAUUACUUGCUAUUACCUCUAUAUUUUUCAGUACCAGAUAGAACUAAUGCUAGUGAAAUCAGCCUAAAUUCUUGAUUUUCCAAGACAUCUCCAGUACAUUCAGCUCUUUAGCAUUAAAGAAUUAAGCUAGAAUAGUACCAUUAUUUGCCAAUCAUACAUUUUUCAAACAGAGCAAAAGACCAUCCUAAAACAAAUGGAUCUCAGUGAAACAUCUGUUGUGUAGGCAUCUGAUGCCUUAAUCUCUUUAGUCACUUACUAAAACAGUUUAACAACUCUUCACUGAACAAUAUAAAACAUUCUAAGGAACAGAAUGCCAACGUGCAUUAUAGAACUAGAAACUGUCUGAAUUAAGAAUUUAGUAUCCACAAUGACUGUGACCUUUGGUUCAACUAUUUUCUGAGAAAUGCUACAUUCAUACAGCUUUAAAAAUACACUCACACUUUAUACAUCAAUUUAUUUACCUUGAAAGAACAUUUAGAUGGAUCUGGCAUGGUGAAAGCAUUAAAGACAGAUUAAAUGAGCCAUUACUCUUCCCCACCUAAGAAGCACACAUUCCAACUAAGUCUAAAACUCAUGAGCUUGCAAUACUAACUAACCACAGGAUUACAUAUAUUGUAAAAAAAAAAAAAAAAGAUAGCAUUAUCAUUAAAAAGUAUGCAAUACAAGUCUUGUCUGUCUUUUUCUAGACCUAGCUG